UAAAUAAUAAUAAUAAUAAUAAUAACAAACGAGUUGACAGUUGAAUAAAGAUUAAAAAUAAUUAAUAAUAAGCAAAUUAGUUGUGUCGCAAUGUUUUGUUUCCAGAGUCCGUUCACGCGCACAUCUCGUAGCACGGUGACGACCCCAACUAAUACUACUACACUGGGUACACAGCAGACAACGAAAAACGUAACCACUGAAUUUAAUAGACGUGGUUCUGAAGCUGUAAGUGAGGGAUCUGGAUCUUCCUCUAUUCAAUAUAUUGAUCAAGAGAUUUCAGCAUCUACAAACAGCAGCACCGAUACACUGCCAGGUAUCAAGACAGACUAUUUAGAAUCAGCUCCAUUAUCACCUGAUCCAGUACUACUAGUUACCAAGGAUGUCACCAUCACAGCAACCGCAACACCAACAACGGUAACAAUUAAUGGAGUACAAGAAGACAUCACAACAAUAUCAUCAUCAUCAUCAUCAUCUUUUAAACAACAACCACAACAAAAGGGUAAUGGACGAUGGCGGAAAAAAUUUCUCUUGCGUCUUAAGGCUGACUUAUCAAAUUCUCAAAAUAAUAAAAACACCAAUGACCAAAAUUGUUUUUCGCCAUUGUCAAAUAUAUCAACGUCAUCCUCGUCCUCGGUAAGGGAUCCAUCAAAAUCAUCAAGUCCAUUGAUAACCAGAGGAGACGUUGACUCUAAACUCGUUAAAGUCGGAGCUUUCAAGGCCAGUUCAACCAAUGAUAUUCCAUCUUCGUUAAAUGGAUUCAGUGAAGAAGAGGAUGACGACGACGACGACGAUGAUGAUGAUGAUGAUGAUGAUGAUGAUGAUGACGAUGACGAUGAAGAGGGGAUCAUCCAAGGAGAAGAAGAAGAUGAUAGUUGUGAAGAGACUGAUCAAGGUUCAUCAGUACCGUCCAGUCCAGCUGCUGCUAUCUCCCUCGCUGGUUUACCACCCACUCAAGUGCCGUCUUAUUACUCAUUUCUUUCAGUAAAUGGUGGUGCGAUGCGACAAGAAACUACGAGUACCAGUUCGCCUCAGCUGUCAACUGGAGUGACACCAGCGACAAACAAUGAACGGGACUUACCAUCGGAAACAGCAGAGACCAGUUCGGUGACAGAAGAGUGUUUACCCGUGGGGAUGAGCCUAAAGAAACCGGAUACCUUGGAUCCACCUAGUUGUUUACCUGCCGCUCGUUCCUGUCCUAAUCUCGAGCAACAGUCAAACGGGUGCUCUUCUACCAGUGGUUCCUCCAGUCCGAGUCCUAGUCCUGGUCCCGCUGGACCAAGAUUUAAACCACUUGCCGAGGGAGACAUACAAGUCUGUUAUUUAAAUCAUGCGAGGACACUAGUCAGUAAAAUAUUGUCGAGUAAAUUUUUACGACGAUGGGAAACCCACCACCUUUACCUUAACGACGCCUGCCUGUCAUCUAAAACAUUGACAGGAUUUCUUCAACAACCAGUACCGUACAGCAGUAUGACUGAAGUAUAUGCAGUUGCAAGAUGGGAUCCAACAUACAAAUAUUGUUUACGAAUAGUAUUACCAGAUGGAUCAUUAUUACUUCAAGCUAGUAACGCUUAUACAAGAGAUCAAUGGUAUCACUCUAUUCUUUGGAAGAAAAGUAUAUUUAAAUACCAACACACAGUAUCAAUAAACACUAAAGAAGAUAUAAUUCUUAAAGAGCUAAAAUCAAUGGUAGACUUUGCCCUUUGGACUCCUCUCCAAGAUGAACGAGUUAAUGGUACGCCUUUGGAGGCAGUAGCUAAGCUUCUUGAGGAUUCGCCAAUACCUAAAUUAUCCAACAGUCAAGAUAAUAAAAUCGAUCAAGAGGAUAGAGAAGAAGUAGAAAAUUUAAACGAUCAGAGAAGUUGGGCAGAAGCUGUGCUGGGUGUUGCUGCACCGCUUUUAGAAAAAGCACCGCCACCUCCAGUUUUGGCUCGUGCAUUAGCUCGUCUCACUCACCAGCAUCCAAAAUCAUCUCUGGUGCCAGCUAUCGCCCCAGCAAUCACCCGUUGCCUAAAGCACACAGUUGAUUUUGGUAAAUCUCCAGACAUGCGGAAGCUUAUUCAAGUAUUUAUUGCUGCUCUUUAUCAAAAUGACGACGGCGAGCAGUCAAUCAGAGAUUACAUUAGUUCUAUUCAUGGACCCGGGAGUGAUUGUCCUCAUCCACGUAUUUUGCCUAAUUUAGUUUCCAUUUGCGUAGCAGCAAUAUUCCAUCGCUUUGAAACUCCGAAACACGAUCUUGAUAUCGGUAAAAUUACCCCAGUUCCACCAUUAGAUUGUUAUCUUUUAGUUUUAACAAUCACAUCGGAGUACUGUGAUUGGAGACCUGGUCUAAGCGCCCUAUUGCAACCAGUUCCAUUUCCAGAAGGUGCUUUAGCUAAUAAACAAGUUCAAGAGACUAUAAUGACUGAUUUAAUGUGUCGAUUGGCUCAAGACACACGUUGUACUGUCCAUCGAGUUCUUUUACCUGUAAGAGAAUUGCGGCCAGGAUGGAUUCAUAUCGCAGCUCCGUCCAAUCCAGCUUGCCCUGAUGACGGUACUCUGUUUGGAAAAAUGUUAACAAGUCUACUGGAAUGCUGCUGUCGUCGUAAGAAAUUUAUCAGUUCGCUGCUUAAGCAAACUGGAAGUGCGUGUAUACUUUUGGGAGUAAGAGGUUGUGACGCAGCACAAGAAGCUCUUUGUCUUAUGCUCGAAUGGCGUCUCUUGCCCAAUGAGGAAGCAAGACUACAAGUUGUCUCAGCACUACAAUCAACCCCCUCGGGUAAAGAUCGCUACUCAGCUCUCUGUCAGCGACAAAAAAAUCUUCAGGAAUUGCAACAAAAAGGUGGUCCGAAAAAAUUAGUUCUUCCUGUACGAGCAACUGAUGCUGACGUAGCUUUGUUACUUGGUGGUGGUGCUCUUGGUAAUUUGGAGUGUCUCAGUUUGGCGUUUACUUCAGUAACAUCUGCAUGUGCUGAACAACUCAUCAAACUACCAGCGCUGAGAUAUUUAAACUUAUGGGCGACCCAAUUUGGUGAUGCUGGACUGCAGAUGAUAAGUGAGCAUCUUCAAAAACUUCAGGUGCUUAAUCUCUGUGAAACACCUGUUUCUGACAAGGGUAUUUCUACACUGGCCUCACUUACAAGCCUCAGAAAGUUAAAUUUAAACAGUACGAAAUUAUCUGCUCAGACAUUUGAGUCGCUCAAAAAACGUUUGCCAUCUCUUCAAGAGUUUGACGUACGUUAUACUGAAGCUUGGUGACCCGAACCCGCAAUUUCACCUCUUAAGAUCGAGAAAUCGACUAAUAAUAUUAAUUCUCGCAAUAAACCGACAACAACAACUACCACUAUUACUUCUACUACUUCUAUUAUUACAUCUAAUAAUAAUAAUAAUAAUAAUAAUAAUAAUAAUACUGUUAUCAGUAAUAACAAUAAUGAUGUUUAUGAAAAACCUAAAAGACAAUUGUAAUCGUAGAAUUGAGUAUGAAUGUGUGCUAUUGAAUGAUUUAAUUGAUAAAUCGUAUGCAAGUUUUUAAAAUAACUUUUAUAAUUCGAUACCAACUCAACUUUAUUUAUUGAUUUUUUAAGAGUAUAUAUAUAUAUAUAAUUAAUUAAAGUUGAAAUAAUAAUUAAAUUGAAUAAUAGGGUCGACGUUUUGUUAAAUUGUGGAUGGGCUUUCUUAAAUAGUAUUGCCGCGGACACUCAGUCAGCCUAAUAUUAUUAAUUAUUACUAUCAAUAAUUCUUUUGUUAUAAAUAAAAUUUGAAUAAAUAUUAUUUUAAUAAACUUAUUAAUAAUAACGGUCCGUAGGCAAUUUUAGUCUGAUAAUGAAAGAGAAUAAUAAUUAUGUCUUUAAAAAAAAGUUAAAAAAUAAAACGAUCGUUUGAGGAUGCCCAA